UACGUUGUGUCUGCGUCCCCCGAGCCGGGCCUCCUGCCAGAAAGUGACUUGGAAAGUGAGGGGGAAGGGCUGUCAGGACUUACCUCGGGAGCACCGGCUCCCCUGGCUCAGCUCCAGGAGCCAGAAGUAGGCCAGGUGGAAGAGAUAACGAGGCCUCCGUCCCCUGACUCUUCCCCCCCCAGGCCACGCCUUCAGACCCAGCUGAUAGCAAUCAGGCUUGGUUGGGUCCUAGGUUUCGUAGGCAGGAGAGGAGGGAACAACAGAAGCAAGGGUCGGGCAGGCCUAGGAAGUGCUGAGUCAUGGAGCCACACCCCACUGGAUGUAAAAGCAGUGAGCACUGCUGUGUCUCUUCGUAGCUGGCAAAUCAACUGAUUAACUGAGAGCUAAAGUGACUCACCAGCGUUGAGGGAGAUAUCAGAGAACUUGGCAAAAGUUUGCUAUUCUGCUGCCAGAGCUGAUAGUGCCAACUAAUUAAGCCAUCACUUGGAUGGAGGCGAAGGAGGAUAGAACACCUUAUUUUCCCAAAGCUCUUUGGGCUAAGAGGAGAGACUGGCCCAGAGUCACCCCAGCUAGAAUGCAGUUUCCUAUGUAUAAGAUUUUUCUUUUAUAAUUCUUUGGUUUAAGGUCCAUCUCUUCUUUUUUUUCCCACCUUUCCAUUUUAUUGUUAAGGGACUAUGGUCUGCCCAAGUGUUUGGCAAUAUCUCUAUCUCUUCUGAGUCAUUGAUCAAAUCUGGGUUCAUCCAAACCAGUGAUUGACACCCAUUGGAAGAUAUCAUCAGACACAGCAGACAGGUCACUCUUGGGGAAGGCUGCCCUGGUGUUUGGUAUCACUGUUGCACUCCAGCCACUUCUGCUUCACCCUGGAGCUUUCAAGGCCCCAGCUGUUGCUUGCUGACAGCCAAUAUCAGGGCAGUAUGUUUGCGUAAUCAUUGUCAUGCCAGAAACUUUGGUGGCUAUUUUGGAAAUGCCUACAGUGGCACUGAAAAAAUAUGAGGAGAGAGUCUGGCCAAGUACAAAUAGGCCUCUGAGAUCCCAAUGCCACAGGAAGAGAGAAAGUUGUCCAAAAAAAAAAAAAACUGUUGGAAGAAAAAUCCAGUCUGGUUCCAAGCUGGGAGAAAGGUGCUGAAAAUAAAAUGGAGGCUGAUUGGAAAGAAGGACUCUGUUUAUGAUGAGCAGAACCAGCAACAAUAUAGAAGUUCCUGGAAUAACAGCUGCCCCAGUCUCCCCCCAGGACCCAGGACUAUACCCAUUUUGGGAAAUCUACACAUGAUGGAUCUGAAGAGGCCUUACAGAACAAUGAUAGAGUUGUCAAAAGAAUAUGGUCCCAUUUUCCGCCUCAGACUGGGAUUCCAGGAGAUGGUGGUGCUGACUGGCUAUGAGACGGUCAAAGAGGCUCUAGUAAACCAGGCUGAUGCAUUUGCAGAGAGAGCCUCCGUCCCCAUUUUUGACGAUGUUGCAAAGGGCUUUGGUCUUAUUUUUGCUCAUGGUGAGAACUGGAAAGCAAUGCGACGAUUUACAUUAUCCACAUUACGGGACUAUGGAAUGGGAAGGAAGACUAUUGAAGACAAAAUCAUUGAAGAGUGUAGUGUCUUGACAAAAACAAUUAAGAUUCAUGCAGGAAAGCCAUUUGAGAUCCAAACAGUUGUGACUCCUGCUGUUUCCAACAUCAUAGUUUCUAUUCUACUUGGGAAGCGCUAUGACUAUGAAGAUGCCACAUUUCUACGACUUCUGAAGAUAAUCAGUGAAAAUAUAAAGCUUUCAGGGACCCCAAAUAUAUCGCUAUAUAACAUGUUUCCUAUGCUGGGCUUCCUUUUGGGUUCACGUAAAAAAGUAAUGAAUAACAAAAAGGACUUACAUGAUUUCAUACAGAUUACCUUCAUAGAAUAUCUCAAAAAUCUUGAUGAAAAUGACCAGAGGAGUUUUAUUGAUUCAUAUCUUAUUCGGCAAAGAGAGGAAAAUAAGAAAAUGACUAAUGGAUAUUUCCAUAAUGAAAAUCUUAAAGCUCUUGUGAGUAACUUAUUUGCUGCUGGUACAGAAACAACUGGAAACACUCUGCGCUGGGCCAUACUCCUGAUGAUGAAGUACCCAGAAAUCCAGAGGAAGGUCCAAGAAGAAAUUGCAAAAGAGAUCGGGGUUCGUCAGCCAAGGACAGAAGACCGAACCAAAAUGCCUUAUACUGAUGCAGUAAUUCAUGAAAUUCAACGGUUUGCUGAUAUUGUUCCAACCAAUUUGCCCCAUGCAACCACUAUGGACAUAACUUUCAAAGGCUUCUUUAUUCCCAAGGGUAUGCAAAUUAUGCCUUUGCUAUCAUCAGUGCUCCAUGAUGAAUCUCAGUGGGAGAAACCCUAUCAAUUCUAUCCUGAGCAUUUUCUUGAUUCUGAAGGAAAAUUUGUGAAAAGAGAUGCAUUCAUGCCUUUCUCUGCAGGUAGGAGAAUAUGUGCAGGUGAGACCCUUGCCAAAAUGGAGCUCUUCCUCUUCUUUACCAGCCUGCUGCAGAAAUUUACCUUUCAACCUCCCCCAGGAACAUCUGAAGAUGAUCUGGAUCUAACGCCUGCACUUGGAUUUACAACCCCUCCUAUAUCUUAUAAGACCUGUGCCAUUCCAUGUUCAUAAGACACAAGACCUUCAUAAUAAUUCUCAGUCUUGGAUAAUGUUAUUCUGUAUGAUCUUGUCUUAAGAGUCUGUCUUAAAUUGUACUAUAAUUAUUUGCAUACACACAAAAUCUAGAUUUUGAGAGUGAAAGGGAUAGAGAAAUCAUGCUAAGUGCUUGAUACUUUUAUUGAUUAUUUUUGUUUGUUUCCUUUUACCUUUUUUUCUCCUAUUCAAUUUUGUUAUAUUUGCUUUUUGUUAAAUUCAUUUUAAGCAAUAUAGAUUUUUCCACAAUAAUUCUACACACACACACAUGCAUGCGCGCGCACACACACUCACUCACACAUAUGCAUUUGUCUGUUACAGGUUAUCAGUGUUAACAAAAUCAACAAUAAUAAUUGAAAAAGUUCAUGUUCUAGACUUCUUAGCUUCCAUGAUGUUCUGUGGACAUAAUAUAGUUGGAUUUCAGUAGGGCAUUUGACAAAGUAGACCACAACGUACUUCUUGAUAAGCUAGAAAAAUGCAAGAUAGACAGCAUCACCACCAGAUAGAUUUGUAACUGGCUGACAAGCUACACUCAAUGUGUAGUCCUUAAUGGAACUACAUUUACAUGUAAUUAUAUAUAGUUACUUACAACUACUUAAUGGAACUACAUCUACAUGGAGGAAAGUAAGCAGUGGGGUGCCUCGAAGUUCUUUUUUAGGCCCAGUACUCUUCAAUACCUUUAUAAAUGAUUUAGAUGAGAGAAGAACUCAUCAAAUUUGCAGAUGACACCUGGCAGGAAUAGCCAACAGCCCUGAAAAUAGACUCAAGAUCCAGAUAGAUCUCGACAAACUUGAACACUGGGUGCUAUCUAACAAAAUGAAAUUCAGUACAUGGAAAAGUAAGGUUUUAAACUUAGGCAAGAAAAACCAACUGUACAGGUACAGAUUAGGUGAAAUUUCACUCAAUAGCAGUAACUGCGAGAGGGAUCUUGGAAUCCUAGGGGAUAACCACUUAAAUAUGAGUGAACAGAGCAAACUCCAAUAUUUGAGAGGCUGCCACGAAGAAGAGGGAGUCAAUCUAUUUUUCAAAGCACCAGAAGCAAGAUAAGAAGCAAUGGAUCAAGGAGAGAAGUAACCUAGAACUAAGGAGAAAUUUCCUGACAGUGAGAACAAUAAACCAAUGGAAUUGAUUGCCUUCAGAAGUUGUGGGAGCUUUAUCACUGGAGUCUUUUAAAAAGAGACUGGACAGCCAUUUGUCUGAAAUGGUAUAAGGUCCCCUGCAUGAACAGGGGGCAUUGGAUUAGAAGACCUCAAAAGUCCCUUCUAACUUUGUUAUUCUGUUUUCACUCUUCAUCAUUCAUCAUUCUGUCAUUCUUACUGCUAAAAGUAACUCAUGCUCUGGUUACGUCUCGGCUGGAUUACUGCAAUGCUCUCUACAUGGGGCUGCCCUUGAGGUGCACCCGGAGGCUGCAGUUAGUCCAGAAUGCAGCUGCGCGAGUAGUAAUGGGAGCCGCUCGAGGCUCCCACGUAACACCACUGCUCCGUAGUCUGCACUGGCUUCCUGUGGUCUUUCGGGUGCGCUUCAAGAUUCUGGUUACCACCUUUAAAGCGCUCCAUGGCUUAGGACCCUGGUACUUACGAGACCGCCUGCUGUUACCGUAUGCCUCCCACCGACCCGUACGCUCUCACAGAGAGGGUCCCCUCAGGGUGCCGUCCGCCAAACAAUGUCGGCUGGCGGCCCCCAGGAGUAGGGCCUUCUCUGUGGGAGCAUCGACGCUCUGGAAUGAACUCCCCCCUGGCCUACGUCAAGUGCCUGAUCUUCGGACUUUCCGUCGUGAGCUAAAAACAUAUUUAUUUACUCAAGCGGGACUGGCAUAAUAGUUUGAUUUUAUAUUGGGGUUUUAUUAAUAUUUUAAAUUUUAAAUUCAUUUUUAACUAUCAGCCGUUUAGUAAUUGCUAAUUUAAUUUCUUUUAAUUGUAUAUAUCUUGUAUUUUAUUUCUGGCUGUACACCGCCCUGAGUCCUUCGGGAGAAGGGCGGUAUAAAAAUUUAAUAAAAUUAAAAAUAAAAUAAAUAAAAAAUAAAUAAAAACAUACAGGAAAAAACACACAGGAAAAAAGAACCCAAACACUAAGUACAAGCUUGAUGGACAUUACCUUACAGAUGACCCCCACCCAGUUAAAGAUCUUGGAGUUUUCAUAUCAAAUGAUCUAAGUGCCAAAGCCCACUGCAACUACAUAGCAAAAAAGGCUCUAAGAGUUGUAAACCUAAUUUUACGCAGCUUCUUUUCCAAAAACUCUACACUACUAACCAGAGCAUACAAAACAUUUGCUAGACCUAUUCUUGAAUACAGCUCACCUGUCUGGAACCCAUACCACAUCUCGGACAUUAAUACAAUUGAACGCGUCCAGAAAUAUUUUACAAGAAGAGUUCUCCACUCCUCUGAAAACAACAAAAUACCUUAUACCACCAAACUUGAAAUCCUGGGAUUAGAAAACUUAGAACUCCGCCGACUCCUACAAGACCUGUGUUUAACACACAGAAUCAUCUAUUGCAAUGUCCUUCCUAUUAAAGACUACUUCAGCUUCAAUCGCAAUAAUACAAGAGCAAACAAUAGAUUCAAACUUAAUGUUAACCGCUUCAAUCUUGAUUGCAGAAAAUAUGACUUUUGUAACAGAGUUGCUAACGCUUGGAACACACUACCUGACUCUGUGGCCUCUUCUCAAACUCCCAAAAGCUUUAAUCAAAAACUGUCUGCCAUUGACCUCACCCCAUUCCUAAGAGGACUGUAAGGGGCAUGCAUAAGAGCACAAAAGUGCCUACCGUUCCUGUCCUAUUGUUUCCUUUCAUUAUAUAUACACUUAUAUGUUGUAUAGUUGUUUCAUGCUUAUGCUUAUAUAUACUGUUGUAACAAAAUAAAUAAAUAAAAUAAAUAAAAUAAAUGAUCUAUAUCUUCAAAUGAAAGAAUAAAAAUUACUUCCAGCUUUGUAAUUGUGACUGCAAAAUGAAUAAUUAAGCAAAUUAUACCAAUUUCUUGUAGUUAUUAAUUUUGCAUCACUAAAUUACAAGAAGGGCAAGAAACAGCUUUUUACAUCCAAAAACGAAUCAGUCAAAACAUUUAUCAUGGACAAAGUAGCAAAUGUAUACUGUGUUUCCCCAAAAAUAAGACCCAGUCUUAUAUUUUUUUGGCUCCAAAAUAAGUGCUAGGGCUUGUUUUUGGGGAAACACGAUUUCACAGUGAUCAGCUCAGCUGGGUGCCUCACCCCACAUGUGCACACAAGAGGCAGCAAGCACGUGGGGACCAACAGUAUCCGGCACCAGCUGCAGCCUGCCAGUGUCUUGGUCAGCACACUCUGGAACUGUGCAGUGCAUACAAUGCAGGUACCUUAAUUCCCUAUCUAAGCAGCAGACAGAGGCAGAGGUGUGGGGGGAAGGCAGGUGAUCUGGAUUCGCUGCAUGGUCAGCAAGAAAGCCAAGAGUCGGUGUGCUGCAGUGAGCGGCUGGUUGCCGGAAGCUCAUCUUCUCACAGCAGUGCCGGCAGCAGAUGGUGUGGGGUGGAAGGCAGUCAAUCCUGAUGCGCCACACAGGCCGCAGGCAAGCCGAUGGAAGGAUGAGCUUCCCGCACUGCCUGCCUGCUCCAACCCACCAACUCUCAGCUCUCAUGGUCCACUGGGAUGAGAUUGAUUAAAACACUGAAUUGUCAGGUUGAAUAGCCUGACAGCUCAUAUGAGGUCCAGUUAGCCUUCCUUUAAAAGACUAGGUUAAGUAGGGGAUUUUUUAGUUAAAUAAAAGAAAGGGGGCAUGUUUUGUGCCUUCAAGAGACACGUAUUGGAAGCAUUGAUGUCAAUCUGUUAAAUGUAAAAAUCUCUAUCAAAAAUGCAUGGCCUUAAAUAGAGUUUUUAAAAAUGGAGUAGCUAUAUGAACUUUUACCAUGACUUCUAGAGAAAAAAUCCCAAUGAGAGUGGAAGAUGCAUAAUGUUAAGCUUUCAGACUGAAUCUGGAAAAUAACAGUUGUUUUGAUUUAUGUGCAGAAUACCAAAAUAAAGUUCUGUGAAAUAUU